UACACACGCCUCGCAGCACGAUGGCCGAAAGACAUCCUCCGACCAGAGCACUCCUUCAAAUCUCUCCUCGAAGCUCGUAUGAAGCACGCACCCACUCCGGCUCGAAAUGAGGAGAAGGAGGUCAAUGCAGCAUAUCUCUUGCUCGAGAACAGCUUCAGCAAGCAAUUUCCUCUACACGAGAAAUUGAUGAAGCCUGCGAGCGAUCCCAGACGGUACGAGCUGCUUGAGCAAGAGUUGAAGGCCAUUCCGAAUCGAAGUUUCUUUGGCGCAUGGGUGAAUCGAAUGAGAAAUAUGGUGCGGCUCAAGUGA